AGAGAGCAUCAAGGGCGGAAGACCCCUCGCACGCACGUCUACUUCUCUUCUUCGCUCGCACGAGUCGUGAAGGAACAUGACAUAGUGACAUGAGCGAGGCGGACGACCUCGACAUCCUCGUCUCCAGCCAACACCGGAAGCUCAUGGCCGCCGCCGCCGCGGAGUCCGACCUCGAAUUCGCCUUUCGCCUACAGAUGGAGGAGGCCAUGACCGCCUCCCUCGCCCUCCAUCCCUCCCAUCGCCCCUCUUCCUCCCGCCCCUCCUCCUCCACCGCCGCCGCCGCCACCUCCUCCUCCGCCUUGCCGCCGAUCAUCGCUGCAUCUGCCGGUGGUAAAGUAGACGACGACGACGACGACGAAGGCCUCGCCCAAGUCAUGCGCCUGCAGGCCCUCGAGCUAGAGCGCUUCCACCUAGAGAGAAAGGACAGCGACCGGUGCCAGGAAGAGCUCCGCCGCAUCGCCGACGAUCUCCGCCGCUGCGCCCACGACGAGCGCUUCGCCCGCGAGAUCCUCGAGAUGCCCGAGGACGAGUGGGAGGAGUAUGGCGACGAGUUCGAGCGACCGAUUGAGGCGGCCCGCAUCGUGGACGAGCCCACCUUCCGCCUCUAUUUCAAGGGCAUGGCCAGCCGGGUCCUCGUGAAGGACGCCUGGGUCCACCUCGCCGCGAUUGGGGUUGCCGUUUGCGAUCACAAAGACAAUCCGGUGCUGAAGAUCCAGAAACCGGUGCCGGUCUCGGCCGCUGGGACUUGUCGCGAGGUUUUGGAGGCGAAAGCGCUGGUCGAGGGCCUGAACGCGGUCAUCUCGUUGGGCAUCAAGAGGCUUCGCGUGUUCUGCGACUACAGGACGCUCUACAAUCAUGUUAAAGGUAUAUGGGGCAUUAAAAAGAUUAAACUUGCCAACAUGAUCAAUCAAGUCCACAUGCUCCAGAGAAAAUUUGAAAAAUGCCAAAUAUUUUUGCUGCCACGUUGCCGUGUCAGAUUUGCAUUCAGAUUAGCAAGGGAUGUCUUAGACUCUCAGCUGUCCAAGAAUGUGGACCUAGUUGGCCUCAAAGCUCUGAGGGAGACAUGCAAUAUCUGUUUGGAAGUUAACGAUUCUUCUGAAAUGUUUGCUGUGGAUGGUUGUUUGCACAGGUUUUGUUUCUCCUGUAUGAAACAGCAUGUCGAAGUUAAACUGCAUCAUGGAAUACUACCUGGUUGUCCACAAGAUGGCUGCGAAGUGAAGCUUGAUACAGAAGGUGCUAGGAAAUUUUUACCACCUAGAUUACUAGAAAUUAUGGGUCAGCGUCUAAAGGAGGCAUCAAUACCUGCAACUGAAAGAGUUUACUGCCCAUACCCUAGGUGCUCAGCUCUGAUGUCAAGAAGUGAAGCAAUUUGCCCUCAGUUGGAGUCUUCUUUUAAGAAAGUGAAUGUUGAUGCAUCUGGAUUAAGGAAAUGUAGCAAAUGCAAUGGUUCUUUUUGCAUUAGGUGUAAGGUUCCUUGGCAUGAGAGACUAUCAUGCUCUGACUUCAAGAGGUUAAAUCCACAUCUCCAUCCAGAAGAGACAAAGUUACAAUCCCUUGCAAAGCAAAAGUUAUGGCGCCAGUGUGUUAAGUGCAACCACAUGAUUGAACUGACAGAAGGUUGUUUUCACAUGACAUGCAGGUGUGGAUACGAAUUCUGUUACACCUGUGGGGCUGAAUGGAAGAACAAAACCCAAACAUGUAAGUGCCCAUUGUUCGAGUAUGAAUCUGAUGAGGAUUCAGAAUUGGACGAUGAUGAAGAUGGAGACGAGGAUUAUGAGGAGGAUGAGGACUACGAUGAUUCUGAUUACGACGAUGACUAUUAUGGGAAUUACAGGCGCCUGUUUUAGGGCUAACACUUUUGCACUUCUCUGUCACUUAUGGUUUAAUAUCUCUUUUAUUUACACUGUUCUUGGGAUCUGCACUUAAAAAACUCUUGCACUUUCAAGGGUUUCUUUAAUGUCGUAGGCUUAUAGGAAUGAACAACUUGGCAUAGACGUGACUUCUAAUGUUGAUGCCUAAUGCUUUGCUUUGGA